AUGCAGGCAGCCCCUGGGGCGCCUAUUGGAAUCAUCCAUGACUGGUAUCCAACUAACAAAUCCCAGUACAAUGACAUGCAAAAGUUGAAUUCUGCAAAGUCCAGAGUCAAUAUUCCAUUUAUGCAGACAGGGGAAUGCCUCCAUGGUGUUGGGUCAUUCAAGCAAUCCAUGUUUCCACAAGCACUUGGUCUGGCAGCCUCUUUCGAUCCUGAUCUCGUCUAUAGAGUUGGCCGAGCCAUUGGAAGCGAAGCACGAUCAAUUGGUAUUCAUGCAUGCUUUGCACCCGUCCUUGAUCUUGCUAAAGAUCCCCGAUGGGGAAGAGUCCAGGAGGACUGGGGUGAAGAUUUUGUCUUAACUUCACACAUGGGGGUGGCGUUCUCAUCCGGUCUAUCAAAAAACAGCACUUGGUCGGACCACGAUGCAGUAGUUCCAGUUAUGAAGGUUUGCCCCCCACGCUGUAACAUAAUUAUUGAAGGCCGUAAAAUCACUCAUGUUCUUCUUAAGCAUUUCGCGGCUCAUGGAAGUCCACAGGGUGGUCACAAUGGAGCACCGUUUAUGGGUUUUGGAACCCGCCAAGUUUUACAGGAGAUGUUGGUGCCAUUCAAGGCAGCUGUGGAACUAGGUGGUGUUAAGGGCGUCAUGAUGGCAUACAACGAGUUUGAUGAUGUUCCCUCUUCUGUGAAUCCACUCCUCUACGAUGCGUUAAAUGAUUGGGGAUAUGAUGGCUUCAUUACAGCAGAUGAUACGGGACUAUCUGAGCUACUUUACACUCACCAAGUGACGAGCACCGUGGCAGAUACGAUUGCUCAGUGGCAUAAUGCUGGUGGUAUGGUCCAAUUUUAUGACUUUUCUCUUGAAGAGUACAUUAAUGCCACAAUUGCUCUGGUUUCCAACGGCACCGUUACCCGACACACAUUGGAAAAUUUGGCCAGUCGUAUCUUGGGCGUCAAAUAUGACUUGGGGUUAUUUGAGAGCCCCCUGAUUCCCGAAGAUGUCGAUUCAAAGGCACUCACAAUGGUCAACAUUCCACUUACGUUAGAGGCAGCAGAAAAAAGCAUUGUGUUGCUUGAAAAUAAGGAUUCGAUUCUGCCCUUGCAUCCUGACCGACAAGGCAUUUCUCAAAUUGCGCUCCUUGGACCAUUCAGUGACUCCUUCAACUAUGGUGACUAUUCCGGCCAAUGGGGUGGCUAUCCUGUCAACAAUGCCAGUACUAUACGACAAAGUGUUGCCGAGCACCUCGCUACUGAAUUUCCGACAACCAAGCUGGUUACCGCGUGGGGUGCCAACUCUUGGAGCUACAACGGACAAUACAAUGUGCCGCCUUACUUGUUGUCUGCAAACGAAAUUGCAGGGGGGCUACUGGCUACCUACUUCGCAGAUACGAAUUUCACCGAUGCGAGAGUCCAAAGGGUGGAAACACCGAGCCUAGACUGGGGGUUAUACCCUCCAGAAGGCCUACCAUCCAAUAACUUCAGCGUUACAUGGGAGGGAAACAUUCAUAUACCCGUUGAUACAACCACUGAUGGCUGGUUAGGAGUCGCAGUCUAUGCUAAUACAUCCGCGAAGGUUUAUAUUGAUGACGCUCUUCAUGUGGAUGUCCAGGCUACGGACAGUGGCAAUAUUCUGUCCAACAUUCCAGGCCUGUCGUACACUACGACUAAUGAGACCGCGCCCCCUCCAGGCUCCGCGCCUUUUACAUUUAACAAGAAUGCAACCCACAAAGUCAGAUUGGAGUAUCAAGCCUGGAGCUAUGUUCAAAAGUUCGAGAAUGUCAAUUCGUUGAAUGCUCAGGUGCUCCUUUUCUGGAAUUUAGUUGAUCGUACCGACCCUGUCAAGCAGGCUGUCGAGUUGGCGGGAGAGUCAGACGUUGUUAUUCUAGCUGUUGGGGCUAACUGGAACAGUGACGGUGAAUCUGGCGAUCGAGCCACACUAGGAUUGUCGCCCAGCCAAACAACACUCGCGGAUGCGAUAUUCACCCUAGGAAAGCCUGUCAUUCUAAUCUUACAGGGUGGUCGGCCUUUUGCGAUCCCGGAAUAUUACGAGCAAGCAGCGGCAGUUUUGAAUACUUUCUUCCCCGGUCAAUCUGGUGGGAAAGCUAUUUCGAACGUACUUUUCGGCUUGGCCAACCCGGGGGGCCGAGUUCCCAUUAGCGUUCCAAACAGUGUUGGGACACUGCCAGCAUUCUACAAGGACUACACAGACAUCCCAUACAAAGCAAUUUAUCCUUUUGGCUAUGGACUAUCGUACACGCAAUUUUCCUUAACGGACUUUGAUGCAUCGACGAUAGUUCACAAUGGGUCAAGUGUUCGCGAAUUUGGUGCAGGCUCGACAGUAAUUUUUUCAGUCGCCAUCUCCAACACAGGUCAAACCGCAGGCAGCUAUGUCCCUCAAAUCUACCUUCUCGGUCGAGUUUCGUCGAUAGUGAGACCAGUGAAACAACUGGUGGCGUUCAGUCGGGUCUACCUUGAAGCGGGGGAGUCAAGGAUAGUCACCUUGGAACUGGAAGUUUCACGGUACCUCUCAAUCCUUGACCGCGAUUACAAAUGGACUGUAGAGACGGGAGAUUAUACCUUUGCUCUUCUAGACAAUGGUGGCAGCUCAGCCAACACGUCCAUGAACUUGACCAUGACCUGCGUGGGAUAA